CCUUCUUCCUUUCUUGCAAGAAAAAACCGUCUUUCUUUGUCUGCCUCUCUUUCAUUAUCUUCGCCACUCACAACUCGAUUGACUAGAGUAUGUGGGGUUUCUUUCCGGUGAAUACGUUAGGAACGAUGCGAGUCUUCAAGAUUCACAGUAUUUGCUUUUCAGUGGAUUUGGACACUGGCUGGGAGGAGGAUUCUUCUUUGCUGUAGACAGUAGAUUCGUGUGGAAUUAAACUGUUUUUCGGAGAAACUAUAAUAAAUCUCAGGGUGUUUUGCUUGAACAGCAUUUGGUUCUUGACAUUUUCUCCAUUUAAUUCGUUUGAUCUUCAAUAAGUUUGUGCAUUUCAUUCAGUGGAUUGCUUGAAAUUUGGUAUUGGUUUUGGGCCAUUUUCUCUUACAGAUCGAUCAGGUUUCAUCCAGGAGCCUUAACAAAAGACAUGUUGCGGUGCAAGAUGAAUCCCUCUUCUCCAACCUUCCUGUAUUUCUCUAUUUAUAUUAGGCCACGGUAUCGCCAUUCCAAAGGAGGGAACCCUUCGGUGGUGAAGUUGCAGAGCUACAAUGAAGGAGGAUGAUGAUGCACAACGCACAAAGAAAUGGGUAAGCAACAUGGGACAGAAUCCUAUUCCUAACUUCCCAAUCGGUCUUCUCUUACACGUGUGAAUAUCGUUACACGAACUAGGUACAGGUGUCAUGUCCAUAUUGGGUAACCAGCAACGUUUUUUUUUUGGUAAUCGCCAGCAACGUUUACUCGCAGAUAAAAAAGUCGUCGAAUGGAUUGUAAUUUGUAAAUUUGUAGUAGUGUUCUGGUCAAUUAUAGUUGUCUAGAUACAUUUUAUCUGCUCUCUCUCUCUCCCCCAUCUCUCUAAUACCCAAAAGAAAAAAGAAAAAAUUAUAUUUAAUUUAUCUACUCUUCAAGUCUCAAUUGGGCUUUGAUAUCCACUGCUCCAAAGAAAACUCCCAUCACUCUCUCUGAUACUCUCAGCAGGUUUUAUUAAAUGCAGGUCCACCCUUCAAUUCAAACAAGUAAAACCUUAAAUAUGUAUGUCCCAUACUGUAAAGAAAAGAAGAUGUAUUGUACUACUACAGACAUAGAUUGAGGGUGUGUAUCAUGUGACGUGAUCUACCUCUGUUUCCUCCCUUCUUGAAAAGCAAGAAACCAACUAACCCACCCACCGUUUGCUUUUGUCGUCUAUAUUUUCCUUUUCUUCAUGCAAUUCCCUUUCUUCAAUGGCAUCAAGCGCAUCAAGAUUCAUCAAAUGUGUUACAGUUGGAGAUGGGGCUGUUGGGAAAACCUGCAUGCUUAUCUGCUACACAAGUAACAAAUUCCCUACCGACUAUAUACCAACGGUUUUCGAUAAUUUCAGCGCCAAUGUGGUCAUCGAAGGAACUACUGUCAAUUUGGGCCUCUGGGAUACUGCUGGGCAAGAGGAUUAUAAUAGAUUAAGGCCCUUGAGCUACAGAGGAGCGGAUGUGUUUGUCUUAGCAUUCUCUCUGGUUAGCCGUGCAAGCUAUGAGAAUGUACUCAAAAAGUGGAUCCCAGAACUGCAACAUUUUGCUCCUGGAGUUCCAGUUGUUCUUGCCGGCACUAAAUUGGUAUACAAUGGAUUCUCAGAUCUUCGUGAAGACAGGCACUAUUUGGCUGAUCAUCCUGGAUUGGUGCCUAUAACCACUGCACAGGGAGAGGAACUCCGGAAACAGAUAGGUGCUGCUUAUUACAUUGAGUGCAGCUCAAAAACUCAGCAGAAUGUAAAAGCAGUUUUCGAUGCUGCAAUCAAGGUAGUUAUUAAGCCACCGCAAAAACAGAAGGAGAAGAAAAGAAAACCACAACAAGGAUGUUCACUUUUGAACGUCUUUUCUGGGUGGAGGUUUACAUGCUUCAAUUGAAGUUCAUCUUUCUUGCCAACGUUUUAGCAAAUAGUCACAUGGUCUGUUACCUUACAUUGCUUUCUGAAAUUUCUCCACUAUGUGUUGUUAAUGCUCCCAGAUUACCAUGAUCGUGAUUCUACAUGCAUUUAUUCUGAUAGAAAUGAACAUUCUUACCUCAACAAACUCACACACAGUGAUUGGUUAAUAUUUCUCAUAUUUAUGUUCCUACUGCUGGAGUAAAAAGGGAUGGUGCCUCUGACACCUAACUUACUUGUUUCUGCAGUGUAAAACGAUGGAGUGUUUUUUAAUACUUCCUUUUGUAUAUCUUUUAACAAUGAGAAAUACAUUACAAGUUUGUGUUAUAUGAAUUUUUAAUUGCAAUACAGUAUUUAAAACAACAGAAAAAGGAUGUUCGAUUAGCAUUUUGACCUUU